GAAACAACUACACCAGCCACAACAACUGAGAGCACAACUACAACUGAAACAACUACACCAGCCACAACAACUGAGAGCACAACUGUUAGUACAACAGAGACAACUACACCAGCCACAACAACUGAGAGCACAACUGUUAGUACAGCUGAAACAACUACACCAGCCACAACAACUGAGAGCACAACUACAACUGAAACAACUACACCAGCCACAACAACUGAGAGCACAACUGUUAGUACAACUGAAACGACUACACCAGCCACAACAACUGAGAGCACAACUGUUAGUACAACUGAAACAACUACACCAGCCACAACAACUGAGAGCACAACUGUUAGUACAACUGAAACGACUACACCAGUCACAACAACUGAGAGCACAACUAGCACAACUACAACUGAAACAACUACACCAGCCACAACAACUGAGAGCACAACUGUUAGUACAACUGAAACAACUACACCAGCCACAACAACUGAGAGCACAACUGUUAGUACAACAGAGACAACUACACCAGCCACAACAACUGAGAGCACAACUGUUAGUACAGCUGAAACAACUACACCAGCCACAACAACUGAGAGCACAACUACAACUGAAACAACUACACCAGCCACAACAACUGAGAGCACAACUGUUAGUACAACUGAAACAACUACACUGGCUACUACAACUGAGAGCACAACUGUUAGUACAACUGAAACGACUACACCAGUGACAACAACUGAGAGCACAACUGUUAGUACAACAGAGACAACUACACCAGCCACAACAACUGAGAGCACAACUGUUAGUACAGCUGAAACAACUACACCAGCCACAACAACUGAGAGCACAACUACAACUGAAACAACUACACCAGCCACAACAACUGAGAGCACAACUGUUAGUACAACUGAAACAACUACACCAGCCACAACAACUGAGAGCACAACUGUUACCACAACAACUGAGAGCACAACUACAACUGAAACAACUACACCAGCCACAACAACUGAGAGCACAACUGUUAGUACAACUGAAACAACUACACCAGCCACAACAACUGAGAGCACAACUGUUAGUACAACAGAGACAACUACACCAGCCACAACAACUGAGAGCACAACUGUUAGUACAGCUGAAACAACUACACCAGCCACAACAACUGAGAGCACAACUACAACUGAAACAACUACACCAGCCACAACUGAGAGCACAACUGUUAGUACAACUGAAACAACUACACCAGCCACAACAACUGAGAGCACAACUGUUAGUACAACUGAAACAACUACACCAGCCACAACAACUGAGAGCACAACUGUUAGUACAACUGAAACAACUACACCAGCCACAACAACUGAGAGCACAACUGUUAGUACAACUGAAACAACUACACCAGCCACAACAACUGAGAGCACAACUGUUAGUACAACUGAAACAACUACACCAGCCACAACAACUGAGAGCACAACUGUUAGUACAACUGAAACAACUACACCAGCCACAACAACUGAGAGCACAACUGUUAGUACAACUGAAACAACUACACCAGCCACAACAACUGAGAGCACAACUGUUAGUACAACUGAAACAACUACACCAGCCACAACAACUGAGAGCACAACUGUUAGUACAACUGAAACAACUACACCAGCCACAACAACUGAGAGCACAACUGUUAGUACAACUGAAACAACUACACCAGCCACAACAACUGAGAGCACAACUGUUAGUACAACUGAAACAACUACACCAGCCACAACAACUGAGAGCACAACUGUUAGUACAACUGAAACAACUACACCAGCCACAACAACUGAGAGCACAACUGUUAGUACAACUGAA